GGGAGGCGUUUGGAUCGGCGAAGACGGGGAGUGAACCAGCAGAGAGGGUGAGAAAGCAGCGGAUCUGGCCCUUUAAAUCACAAAUACAGCGCUUUCGGAGGGACAAGCCAAUGUGAGCUCACCUGCAGUCCAGCUCCGGCGUUUCGACUUGGCUUUGAAUUGUUUUCUUGUCAUUCCUGCACCGCUAAAAUCUCCAUCCAGUCACGUUUUCACGAGAGUCCUGUCUGCCACCACCAGCCAGUUUUCUCCUGUGUUGGUGUAUUCUGAUGGAUCAGUAUGUCUACCACUAAUAAUAUCGCCCAGGCCAGGAAACUGGUGGAACAGCUGAGAAUCGAGGCAGGGAUCGAACGCAUUAAGGUGUCAAAAGCGGCAGCAGACCUGAUGAGUUACUGUGAGCAGCACGCUCGUGCCGACCCUCUGCUGGUCGGGGUUCCCACCUCUGACAACCCUUUCAAGGACAAGAAGCCCUGCAUCAUCCUAUAGCCGCCUUCUGACAUCACACACACACACACACACACACACACACACACACACACACACACACACACACACACACACACACACACACACACACACACACACACAUUUAUAUACACUUGUGCACAUACAGGCACAUAUAAAUGCACACAUUCAAUACUUAAAAUGAUCCCCAAACUCAUGCAAGCACACAUUUCAAGUCUACAAACACAUACAGAAACACACACACACACACACACACACACACACUCCAAAAAUAGCCACUCUGGAAAAGCGCCAUACUCCGGAGCCACAGCUAGGGGGCAGGUAUCUCGUUCUCUUGGUGGCUGAGAUCAGUAUAUCACUGAGUAUGAUCCAAGGUGCUUUUGGUUAUAUUCACAUAUGCUGGUUAAUUAACUACAAGUGUCAGCUUAACUUUGAAAGGGAUUUGGACAUUAUUUAUCAGUAAGAAAACCGGAUUUCUUUCCUUCUUUUGUCAAAAAAUGAGGGGUUGUUUAAAGGAUGGACUGCAGUGCCAGGCGAGGAGUGGGAGGAUGCAUGUUGGCAACAGAAAUGAACGGUUGGCGCUCCCAAACACGACCUGGUGUCACGUUAAAAGCUCAAUAAGAGCUUUUUUUUGCGUGAGAGUUAAAACAGGUCUGAGAGCUUUGCCUACAAACCUAUUGUGCUAAAUCAUGGCGGGUAAUUUCGGAGCAAGUGGCUGAAGCCUUUGCCUUUUUCAAACUAGCAUGUUCCCAUCCAACAGACCUCUGCCUGUGGCCUCACUGCGGCCGUCUGCAGCCUUUGGCAAAACCUCCAGCUGUGCCAACCUGUACAGAAAGUCGUCCCUCGGUGCUGAUCUGAUGUCAAUAUGGCUGCUGUUGGUUGAGAUCAAAGUCUAACGUGACAUCAGAUCUGCAGCAGAACAUAGUUACACAAACUCAAGCUAUUAACCCUGGACGCUUACUGCAAUUUUCUUAAGAAAUACUUGUUUGUGAACUACAUGUAUGUUGCGAUAUUUUGUUGAAGCAUUACUUAACAGAUAAAUAUAAUACUUUAUUUUAAUUAUUGGUUUGCUUUGACAUAGGUGUUGCCCCUGGCUGGUCACGUUUCUCUUCCCGUUUGAGGCUAGAUGCUACCAUUAAUCAAACAACAGGAGAUGUGGUUGUCAGCCAGGAGUAUCACCUAUAAGCAGAUAACAGAAGUAUCUUAAUCUAGCCGCCCUGUGCUUUACCCCGAGGUCGCACACUUGACCACACCUUUACAGUCUGCAAGGACUGCAUGGCUGGAGGGGAACACCCAAACUGAAAAAGUAAAAGUGAUGCUGUCUUAAAACGUUUAGAUUAACCUUUCCCUUUCCUGCCUUCUUCACUUAUGUUUGUGUGUUUGAAUUGGCAGUUUUUAUAAUGUUAAUGGAUGGAAAAGAAGAGAUAUAAUGCAUUGGAUAGUGAAAAGAUAAAGGUGUUUGCCUUGUUUGCAUCUACAGUAGAGGAAGAGGGUACCACAGUGCAUCAGAACAACCUGGCUAAACCAGUCUGAGAGCUUGGGGUCAGAGACUGGGUCGGUAACAGCCAGCAGUCGAUGCACGGUCUCCUCUGUCCUCCUCUCCUCCACAAUGCUCCUCUCUCUGACAAACCAAACUUGAUUGUAAAAGCUGAAGUUGAAGUGAAAGAAAAAAUGAAGUAAAGAGAAACAAACUAACUGUAUAAACUUUAUUUCAGACGUGCAGAAGUGAGUGAGUAGCUGUUUUGGGUUUCUUUGUGAGUUUCUUCUUUCUAUGGAGUCCAUGGAGCCUGGUGAGUUGAGUAGUUCCCUGUACAGGGUUUGUAAGAUACGCAAUCUAGACACAGAACCUCCCUCUCUGGAUGCUGGAUUUAUUUUAGUACUACUUUUUCUGUUCGGUCAGUCACAUAUCUGUCUUCAUUUCUUCUUCUGUUUCUCAUUCAGGAUUUAGAGGCUAACAUCUGAUAGAAACAAAACAACUGUUAGGUUUAUUAUCGUGUCCUGUUAGAGGAUGAACCAACAUCGGACCUCCUUUAACACCGGAGCCGCAACGUCGUUCUCAAGUGUUGGUUAUGGUCGGCCAAAGGCAUUUAGGACAACACACACUCAUCCGCAUAACACGCUCUCUUGCUGUUGUUGUUGUUUUAGGUUUGAUUGCCACAAGUCAAAGCUUAAAGGAGCACUAAAUGACACGAGCUGCUUGAUCCCUGAAAAGAUGUGUGCAAUCAUAUUUACAUUGGAACAUUUAGCCGAGGCUUUUGUCAGCUGUAACGUACAAGACUUACGACUGCUGAUGAAUCUCAGGGGAGUUGAAUCGACUGCUUUUUUCUGUUAGGCUAUUUGAUCGUGAGCCAUCCUGCUGAGUUUCUAUUAGAAGUGGUGCGAACUGUUGAGCAGUGUGCACAGAGACGAAGCAGGCAGGGGGCACCUUUUAGGUAUGUUUGCGACGGAAUUAAAUUAUUAUGGAGGUACCCUUGACAAAUCUUUGAAUGUGUCUUUAAAGGAAUAGCAUGUAUGUGCAUUUGAGUGUGUGUUUCGGAGAGACACACAGUGUGUAAGAAGAAGGCACAGUAUCUCUACAUGUUACUGUCGCUCAGCCCUCCAAUGGCAGGUCAGGAUGAGUCUGACCGGAGCAGAGGACACGUUGUGCAACAUGUACGGCCUCCUCUCACUCAGAUGCUACUGUGCUCAUCUUUAAGAAGAGUAAAGAAGGGCCUUGUAAGAAUAUACAAUAAUGGGAAGCUAUUUUUAAUGUGAUGACCAAUAAUGACCAAAAACAACCCAGAAAUCCCAAAAAUGUGUUCAGCUCUUUUUGCCUGGUUUAGUUAUACACAUUGCAGCUUGUUUUCCCCGCUCAUCAAAGCCAUUAAAGCGACUCCAAUGUUUCUCUGUUUAGAAUAAAGUUAAGCUGGCAGCAAGUUAGCUUAGCUUAAGUGUAAGAGCAAAUCCAGGGCAUUGAAGCCAAUUUGACAAAGUGUUGAAAUACAACUUCAGGAUUUUGUGUGUGACGCCAUUGGAUAUCCAGAGUUAUAACCCUUUCUUUUUUCAUUUGAGCAGGGUUAAAAGAAAAUAGUGGUACGCUUGCUUUAUGGGCAUUUAGUGUUGACUUACUGUCUGUCUGGGGAUUCUGAUUUCACCGCUGAUGUUAAAUUGGCGGAAAUUCUGUCAUUGGAUUGAUAUGACCACAAGGACGUCCAAAUUGACCAAUCAGAAUCGAGUAUUCAAUUAAAGCUGUGUUAAGCUAAGAUAACCAGCUUCUGGCUGUCAUUCAAUUUGAGCAAACAGAUAAUGAAGUGGUAUACAUCUUCUCUAAACCUCCCUGCAAUAAAUCCAUUAAUGGUUUUUCCCAAGAGGUUAAACCAUACCUUUAAAUUAGAUAUGUCCCUUUAUCUAGAGUUAAUUGUAGAGUUGGUCGAAAUAUAAUAACUAUACAAACAGAAACUUGACUGCAGUGACAGACAGGAAGUAACGCAGAAUAACUCAUCUGUGUUCCUCGCCAGAAAUAUAACUACUUCAAAAUUGGGCAAUGAACGUAUUUCUUGUCGAGGAAAUCAGAGGCAGUUCCCAGUAAUUUCUUUGCAAAAUGCAUUUCAAAUUACAACUGCACGAGAAUCACACAACAUGAAACAAGCAUGCACACAUAUCAGCUCACACACAUACACACACACGGAUGUUGUUCUGGAUAUGUCUGACAGAUUCUAUUUUUUACCAUUAUUGUCAUUUCAAUCAUUCCAUAGCUGGUUGAGCUUAAAAUCAGAGAGACAGACGACCUACAUUGCUGGUUUGGCUGACGGCUUCUCUGAUUGGUUGGUUGUUAGUUUGCCUUAUAGUGGCGUAUAUUGUGUUAAUGCUGGUCUUGGGGUUGUCAGAUUGACAGAAUGAACAGUGUUAAAGUAGAACAUGAAGCUUGAGAUGGAAAUCCCCUGGUGUUGUGACUCAAAGCAGGCAAGAGUUGAGGCUCCUCACCGGCUGACUACGAAAUCAAACAUGGCUGAAUCCGCUCUGAGCCGUUCCCGAGACUCGUCUUCUGUGUUCUGAUCUCCUGUGUAUGCAUACAGUAUAUGUAUCUUUUUGCCUUGAUUGAUUAUGAAGAAAAUAUAUCUAUUUUUUGUAACUGUUCUCUGAUGUGCCAUAACUCAUGUUUUCUUGCACACUGUUAAUAUUUUGUGGAUAUUGCUGUUAAAAAAGAUGAUAUUGAAAAGUAGAUAACAUUAAUAAAAA